AUCAGAAAACUCGUGAAGAUGCCCAAAGACAGCUUGAGCAAGCAGAAACGACUAACUUUCCCAUGUAUGUUGCGAUGCUCUGUCAAGAGCUUGCAAAUGAACAGUCGUCACAGUAUACUCGAAACGCGGCUGGUAUAGCUUUGAAAAAUACUCUGUCCUCGUCGGAGGCGUCUAGAAGAAAUGAAAUGAUACAAAGAUGGUUAUCGGUGGACGAGGCAACAAGGCAACAAAUUAAACAAGCGGUACUAACCACGUUGGCAUCUUCAGACACAAGAGCUGCGACCACAGCUGCACAGGUUAUUGCUGCGAUCGGAGCUAUCGAACUCCCUAUGGAAAAUCAGUGGCCUGAUUUAAUGAAAAAUUUGUUAGAAAAUGUUACCACAACUAAUAAUAGUACCCUCAAGAUAGCAACCCUGACCGCGAUUGGUUAUAUUUGUGAAUUGAUCGAUCCUAUUAUUUUGGCACCUCAAGCUGGAGCUAUCCUUACUGCAGUUGUAUCAGGUGCCAAAAAAGAGGAACCCAAUCAAGAUGUUCGUAAAGCUGCAAUUGAUGCUCUUUACAACUCGCUCGAGUUUAUUCGUGACAAUUUUGAACGCGAGGGCGAACGUAAUUACAUAAUGCAAAUUGUUUGUGAGGCCACACAAAGCUCUGAUGUAAAUGUGCAAGUUGCUGCCUUUGAAUGUUUGGUCAGAAUAAUGCAGAUUUAUUAUGACAAGAUGAGAUUUUAUAUGGAAAAGGCUUUAUUUGGUUUGACCGUCCUUGGAAUGAAAAGUGAAGAUGAAAGAGUUGCUUUGCAAGCUGUCGAAUUUUGGUCAACAGUAUGUGACGAGGAAAUCGAAUUGGCCAAUGAAGCUUUAGAGGCUUCGGAUGCAGGAGAAACUCCGGAUCGUUUAAGUCAUAACUUUGCAAAAGCUGCUUUACCUGAAAUAUUACCUGUCUUGCUUUGGCUUCUCACUAAACAAGAAGAAGAUGCCGAUGAAGACGAUUGGAAUGUUGCAAUGGCUGCUGGAACUUGUUUAUCACUUUUGGCUCAAUGCGUUGAGGAUGCCAUCGUUACGCCCGUGAUUCCGUUCGUAGAAAGUCAUAUUCGUAGCGCAGAUUGGCGUUUCCGGGAAGCAGCUAUUAUGGCCUUCGGAUCCAUUUUAGAAGGCCCCGAACACAAAAUGUUAACUAAUUUGGUAAAUCAAGCUUUGCCAGUUCUGAUUGACAUGAUGAAGGAUGAUUCAGCUCAGGUUAAAGAUACGACUGCUUGGACCCUUGGACGCGUUUCAGAAUUGUUGAUUGAAUGUAUUAAGCCUGAUGAACAUCUUCAAAGCCUUGUUUCUGCACUUGUCUUGGGAUUAAGAGAUUCGCCAAGAAUUGUCUCAAAUUGUUGCUGGGCCCUGAUGAGCUUGUCUGAUCAGUUUGGUAGCAGAGAAUCUUCUUUACCAACCUAUGCUUUAUCUCCUUUCUACGAGGGAAUUAUUUCGGCUCUCAUGGAAACUACGGAGAGGUCAACCAAUGAAUCUAACUCGCGAACAUCUGCUUAUGAAUGCAUCUCCACUCUGGUGCAAGGGGCCGCAUUGGACUGUUUUUCGACCAUCCAAAAGCUGACGGUCACUAUACUUGAUAGAUUGGACGCUACCAUUCAAGCAACAAAUCAAAUUAUAGGCAGUGACGAACGUCAUGCUCACUCAGAACUUCAAUCAAAUCUUUGUAGUGUCUUAACGAGUAUAAUCCGCAAAUUGAAGCAAGAAGUGGUGCCAUUCGCCGAUAGAAUUAUGACUACAUUAUUAUCCUUGUUUACUUCAUCAACAAAACAUUCGACAACAUUGGAAGACGGAUUCUUAGCUGUAGGUGCCAUCACUACAGCUGUGGAAGCUGAUUUCGUCAGAUAUCUUGAUGCUUUCGCCCCAUUCCUUUAUGCUGCGCUUUCGAAUCACGAGGAAUAUGCUCUUUGUUCGAUUGCCGUUGGACUUAUUGGUGAUAUCUGUCGUGCCCUCCAAGAGGCAUCAUUGCCAUAUUGUGAUACAUUUAUGAACAUGUUAUUGCAAAUGCUUCAAAGUCCUAUAUUGAACAGGAACACCAAACCCGCA